AUGGCCUUGGUUGAUCCAGGGAUGGCAGGGAUAGAUCCAGGGAUUGCAGGGUUGUGUGGUGCAUCUCACUGGGCAGUGGUGGAUCCAGGGAUUGCUGGGGUGUGUGGUGCAUCUCACUGGGUAGUGGUGGAUCCAGGGAUUGCUGGGGUGUGUGGUGCAUCUCACUGGGCAGUGGUGGAUCCAGGGAUUGCAGUUGUGUGUGGUGCAUCUCACUGGGCAGUGGUGGAUCCAGGGAUUGAAGGGAUGUGUGGUGCAUCUCACUGGGCAGUGGUAGAUCCAGGGACUGCAGUGGUGUGUGGUGCAUCUCACUGGGCAGUGGUGGAUCCAGGGACUGCAGGGUUGUGUGGUGCAUCUCACUGGGCAGUGGUGGAUCCAGGGAUUGCAGAGGUGUGUGGUGCAUCUGACUGGGCAGUGGUGGAUCAAGGGACUGGAGGGGUGUGUGGUGCAUCUCACUGGGCAGUGGUGGAUCCAGGAAUUGAAGGGAUGUGUGGUGCAUCUCACUGGGCAGUGGUAGAUCCAGGGAUUGCAGGGAUUGCAGGUGCGUGUGGUGCAUCUCACUGGGCAGUGGUGGAUCCAGGGAUUGCAGGGUUGUGUGGUGCAUCUGACUGGGCAGUGGUGGAUCCAGGGAUUGCAGAGGUGUGUGGUGCAUCUGACUGGGCAGUGGUGGAUCAAGGGACUGGAGGGGUGUGUGGUGCAUCUCACUGGGCAGUGGUGGAUCCAGGGAUUGAAGGGAUGUGUGGUGCAUCUCACUGGGCAGUGGUGGAUCCAGGGAUUGCAGGGGUGUGUGGUGCAUCUCACUGGGCAGUGGUGGAUCCAGGGAUUGCAGGGGUGUGUGGUGCAUCUCACUGGGCAGUGGUGGAUCCAGGGAUUGCAGGGGUGUGUGGUGCAUCUCACUGGGCAGUGGUAGAUCCAGGGUUUGCAGGGUUGUGUGGUGCAUCUCACUGGGCAGUGGUGGAUCCAGGGAUUGCAGGGAUAUGUGGUGCAUCUCACUGGGUAGUGGUGGAUCCAGGGAUUGCAGGGGUGUGUGGUGCAUCUCACUGGGCAGUGGUGGAUCCAGGGAUUGCAGGGGUGUGUGGUGCAUCUCACUGGGUAGUGGUGGAUCCAGGGAUUGCAGGGUUGUGUGGUGCAUCUCACUGGGCAGUGGUGGAUCCAGGGAUUGCAGGGAUAUGUGGUGCAUCUCACUGGGUAGUGGUGGAUCCAGGGAUUGCAGGGGUGUGUGGUGCAUCUCACUGGGCAGUGGUGGAUCCAGGGAUUGCAGGGGUGUGUGGUGCAUCUCACUGGGCAGUGGUGGAUCCAGGGAUUGCAGGGGUGUGUGGUCCAUCUCACUGGGCAGUGGUAGAUCCAGGGUUUGCAGGGGUGUGUGGUGCAUCUCACUGGACAUUGUUGGAUCCAGGGAUUGCAGGGAUGUGUGGUGCAUCUCACUGGGCAGUGGUAGAUCCAGGGAUUGAAGGGAUGUGUGGUGCAUCUCACUGGGCAGUGGUAGAUCCAGGGAUUGCAGGGGUGUGUGGUGGAUCUCACUGGGCAGUGGUGGAUCCAGGGAUUGCAGGGAUGUGUGGUGCAUCUCACUGGGCAGUGGUGGAUCCAGGAUUGCAGGGGUGUGUGGUGCAUCUCACUGGGCAGUGGUUGAUCCAGGGACUGCAGGGGUGUGUGGUGCAUCUCACUGGGCAGUGGUGGAUUUCAGGUCAAAGGAAUAAAAGAAUUGACUUUUUUUUGUCUUGCUUCUUCUCAAAUUUCAAUAUUUUCGAGUCAGCAGAUUUGUAA